GAUAAAAUGUUUUUUAGUCAAACUGUAGUUUUUAAUAAAUGAUUGAUAAUAUUUUAUUAAAAUUUAUGUAUUUUUUUAUUAUUUUUAUUCAAUCGAAAUAAUAUUUAUAUUUCACAAUAUAUUGUAACCUUACUUUCAUAAUUGUCAUUUGAAUUUCAUCAAAAUGAUGCAACAGUAUAUGAAAGAAUUAGAACAGGAUCCAUUUGAUCCUGAAGAAUUUGUUGAAAGACUUGCUUGGAGAACACUUAAUGAUACGACAAAAGACGAUGGAAAGACAUUUUUCGAUCCUACAAUAGUGCAUGAAACAUUUUUACAAGCAAUUAAAGAUUUACAAAUUCUACAAGAACGUCAACAAAAAAAAUGUGAUAAACUUGAAACAACAUUAAAAGAUGAAGAAGCAAAACAUAUACUUGAAAUACUUGAAUUACAAGAAAGAAAUAAACAUUCUAUUGAUCUCUUUCAUCAAUUAGAUGAAAGAAUAAAUCUUGUGGCUACUAAAGUUUUACAUUUAGGAGAUCAAUUGGAAAGUGUUAAUACACCAAGAGCUAGAGCUGUUGAGGCUCAAAAAUUAAUGAGACAUUUUUCAGAUUUUUUAAGCCCUGGACCUUUAACAGAUCCAAUUUUUACAGAUAAGUCAUCGCUACAUGAAGCAGCAGAUGUGAUACAAAAACUUCAUCUUAUUUCGCAAGAAUUACCAUCUGAAAAAUUUGAACAUGCCAAAAAAAAAAUUAUUGCUAAAUAUGAUGAAAUUGAAAGAAAUCUUAUAGAAGAAUUUGUUAGAGCACAUAAUAGAGAAGAUGCUAAUCGUAUGAGAGAAUUAGCAUCAAUCUUAACUCAUUUUAAAGGAUAUUCUCAAUGCAUAGAUGCAUUUAUAGAACAAAGCCAAAUGGGUUCAUUUGGUGGAAAGGAUGUUUUUCAAGAUGUUAUACCUAUGUGUACAAAAUAUCACAAAUUAAUGCAACAGGUAUUUACAAAUCCUGAACAAGUGAUGGCAAAAUUUGUAUUAAAUAUUUAUCAUUUAAGACUUCAAAAAUAUGCAGUUGCUAAAUUAGUAGAUAAAACUGAUUCUGAUAAAUAUCUUAAAAAUUUAUAUGAUUUAUAUACAAGAACCGUGAAAUUGUCUACAGAAUUAAAAAUGUUUAAUAUAUGUACUGAUGAAACGUAUCUUACUAAACUUACUAGAAAUAUAUUUCAAAAAUAUCUGGAUACUUAUAUCAUCAUUGAAAUAAAAGCAUUGAGAGAAAAAUCAGCAGCUCUUCUUAUUGAAUAUUAUGAAUCUAAAAAUCAUCAAAAGAAACAAUUGCAGAGUGGAGGAUUUCAAGAAUUAAGAAGAGAUCUACAAGCAGUUUUAGGUGCAAGAACUAAUAUCAAUAUUGCACAAAUAGAAAAUUAUGGAGGAGAAACAUUUUUAUCAGAAGAACUUGCAAUUGCUUUAUUACAAAGAAGUAAAGUGGCAUUUCAAAGAUGUCAGUUAUUAUCAAAAUCUGAUGAAAUACCAAUGAAUGCACUUCAAAUUUUUGAAAUAUUAUUACAAUAUUUAAUAAGUGAACAUGUUGAUUAUGCAUUAGAAUUGGGUUUACAAAGUGUACCAAUUCCUGAAAGUAGAACUCAACCUGAAAUACAUUUUUUCAAUAUUGUACGUCAAUGCAAUGCAAUUGUACGCUUAUUAGAAGAACAAUUUAAUGAUAGUGUGAUACCUCUUAUUAUAUCAACACCCAAACAUGGAGAUUGCAUGUUAAAAAAAAAAAAUAUAUUGGAUCAAAUUGAUAUGAAACUAGAGACAGGAUUAGAUAGAAGUAUAAAUGCUAUUAUUGGUUGGGUAAAAGUAUACUUACAAAAUGAACAACGAAAGACUGAUUUUAAACCUGAAACUGAUGUGGAUACUUUAAGCACUUCAGCUUGUUUAACAGUAGUUCAAUAUGUAAACGGGAUGAUACGACAUAUUCGAAGUACUUUAGAUGGAAAAAAUUUAAAUAAUGUUCUAACUGAACUUGGAGUACGAUUUCAUAAAGUUAUUUAUGAUCAUUUACAACAGUUUCAGUUUAAUUCUGCUGGUGCUAUGUGUGCGAUAUGCGAUAUGAACGAAUAUCGUAAAUGUGUUAAAGAACUUGAAAUAGAUCUUGUUACUUCUUUGUUUGAUACUUUAUAUGCUUUAUGCAAUUUAUUAUUAGUUAAACCAGAAAAUUUGAAACAAGUUUGUACAGGAGAUCAAUUGGCAACAUUAGAUCGUAAUGUUUUAAUAAAUUUUAUACAAUUAAGAACUGAUUAUAAGACGCAAAAAUUAGCAAAUUGUUUGAAGGGUUUAGCUACCUAAUAACUUUGUUUGAUCUAUAGAUAUUCAUAAUUUUUUAGAGUUAUACACAAUAUUUAUGAUUAUAAUAUUAAUAUCAUUGUGUAAAUUAUAAGUGAAGAUAUUGCUUUCAUUGCAAUAAUAAUACUGUACUAUAUAGCCAAUUGUACAAAACUUUGUUAUAAAAAUGUUAUAUAA